AUGGCGAGAGCGAAGUCUUCAGGCCUUUCAAGGUUCGCGAGGAUCCAACUGAUCAUUCUCGCGCUGAUCUUCGCGGUUUCCUUCAGCGCGUUCAUGAUGAUCCACCCCAAACAUGAGAUGUCAGAUCUACAAAGCUAUAAGGAGUCAAGAUCGCGCAGGUUCUGCCCGUCCCAGUGCGCCGACGGGCGAGCGAUAGACAAUCGUAUCUGUCCAAAGAUGGACCCUCAGCUUACCAACAUCAUCCUGCAGUCUUUGAGGAAAGACUCUAAAGUUGUAGAGUGGGGAAGUGGGGCCUCGGCGAUCUACUUCUCUCAAUGUGUUCAGGGCCCCAAGUCAGUUGUGUGGGAAUGGGGCAGCGGCACUUCGACUCUCUACUUCUCGCAGUGCGUGGGCAAGUGGGUUUCAGUGGAGCACGAAGGAGCAUGGUGUAAUCAGAUGCGACAGCUCGCUCCUCCUAAUGUCGAGAUUCGUUGUGUUCCUAUCGAGGAAGAGUAUAAGGAGAGCUUCGGGUCCCCGGGUAAGUGGGAUGGAUCAAAGAGAGAAUUCAAAACCUACGUCGAGGCGAUCAAGGAAGUCAAGUCAUGGGAGCAGCCGCCCGAUGCCCUCAAGUACUACGACAUUGUGGACGUCGUUGAGGUUCCUCCUCCUCAGUCGUGGCGAAGCGCAUCAGGGCUGGUAAAGCUGCGACCGAAGCCUGAGGCUCUUGCUAAUGCCAAGAGAGCAGCAGAGCGAGGAGAAUGGAACAAGUUGGAGGAGCGAUAAGAAGCGAAGCAGGCAGGCACAAGAGCAGCAUGAUGGAUGAGGAGGUAGAGGAGGAGGAAGACAACGAAGAGAAGGAUUCCUUCGUCAGGAUGUCCCAGCACGUCCUGUCACUCGUAGAUGUCGAAAAUUGUUUUAUGAGGAAAGAAUAAACAAACACAACAGAGCAGAAGUCCCCAAAUAGCUCCUCCUCCACCCUCCACCCUCCGCCGCCUCCUCCCCUACUCCUCCACCCUACUCCUCCUUCUCCCCCUCCUUCCCCCCCCACCGUCAUACGGGGAAAAUAUCGGAAUGGCUGCGCCCAUUCUGAGUCAGAUCGCGCAGUUCUUCCCUCUCCGUAGUAUCAAGGUGGUCGCAGUCCGAAUGGCAGUCCUUGGACCUCCUCCUGUAGACUUCAUCCUCGACGAUGGCGGCUUCGACCUGGGAGAAACCAUGAGAGGGGGGUGAGGAGGAGGAGGACAAGGACAAGAACGUACAGCGUGAGCAAGAUCCUUCUGGUACCUGAGCAAGAGAUGAGAAGAGAAGAAGUGAAAACGAAGAAAGAGGAGGAGAGAAGAUGGCGCGAGAGUUUGAUGAGGAGGCCAAGGAGAAAUCACGACUUGGUCAACAGUCCAAGAAGGAGCAAAAUGAGGACGAGGACUGACGGGAGGAUGAGGCAGAGGCAGAGAGGAUGAGGGAGAGGCAGAGGCAGAGGAUGAGGAUGAGGAAGAGGCAGAGGAUGAGGAAGAGGCAGAGGAUGAGGAAGAGGAAGAGGAAGAGGAAGAGGAAGAGGAAGAGGAAGAGGAAGAGGAAGAGGAAAAGCAAGAGAGCAAGAGCAAGAGCAAGAGCAAGAGUAGAAUGAGGACGAGGCGAUCAAGAAACACGAGCCAGGGAAAGGACGAAGAGGGGGAGGCAAGUGGCGAGAAGAAGCUCAGACCUCUUCUUGUGCCCAGCAGCCACGUGCUCGUUAUCGACGACAUCUUGUGUCAACCUCUCCAGCUCGUGGACCGCAAAGUCCUCCAUAGUCGGAUUCAUGCUCACAUUGCCUGCCCUAUAGUCACGCUCCCCG